ACAACUUAAAAGCACCAUAUAUCUCCUUGCUUGUUCACAUUCACUCACUGCAGAUACUUUCAAGAAUUGAGAAAAUGGCAAACUUCCCAGUUAUCAACAUGGAAAAGCUUAAUGGCGCUGAGAGAGGAGAUGCCAUGGAACUCAUCAAAGAUGCCUGCGAGAAUUGGGGUUUCUUUGAGUUGUUGAACCAUGGGAUUCCUCAUGAAGUAAUGGACAACAUUGAGAAACUGACAAAGGAGCAUUACAAGAAGGUAAUGGAGCAGAGGUUUAAGGAUUUGGUAGCCAGCAAGGGCUUAGAAGGUGUAGAAGCCGAGGUUACUGAUAUGGAUUGGGAAAGCACUUUCUUCUUGCGCCACCUUCCAGUUUCCACCAUUUCCCAAGUCCCUGAUCUUGACGACAAUUACAGGGAGGCAAUGAGAGACUUUGCCAAAAGAUUGGAGAAACUAGCAGAGGAGCUUCUAGACUUGCUGUGCGAGAAUCUUGGACUAGAAAAAGGGUACUUGAAAAAGGCCUUUUAUGGAUCCACAGCUCCAAAUUUCGGGUCCAAAGUGAGCAACUAUCCACCAUGCCCAAAACCAGAUUUGAUCAAAGGUCUCCGAGCCCACACCGACGCCGGCGGCAUAAUCCUCCUCUUCCAAGACGACAAAGUUAGCGGCCUCCAGCUUCUGAAAGACGGGGAAUGGGUGGACGUUCCUCCCAUGCGCCACUCCAUCGUCGUCAACCUGGGCGACCAACUCGAGGUGAUCACCAAUGGUAAAUAUAAGAGCGUGGAACAUAGAGUGAUUGCGCAAACAGACGGGGCCAGGAUGUCCAUAGCUUCGUUCUACAACCCAGCAAGCGAUGCUGUCAUCUACCCGGCACCGGCUCUGGUGGAGAAAGCUGCUGAUGAUGAGAAAGUUUACCCAAAAUUUGUGUUCGAUGAUUACAUGAAGUUAUACGCAGGCCUAAAGUUUCAGCCCAAAGAGCCGAGGUUCGACGCCAUGAAGGCCGCCCAAACUGCAUAGAGAUAUCAGCAUUCAUGUUCAAUCAAGGGAAGAUGGACAAGUGGAAGUCUCUGCCUAAUUCAAAGACAUAUUUAUUAUUAUUAUUUUAUAUUUCUUAUUCUUGUUUUGGAGGAUGAAAUAAACUAGGCCUUUGCUACUAAAGCAAGACCUCAUUAUGUAUCAUUUCAAACAUUCUUAUUUUUCUUCAAGAAUAUUAUUAAUGUGAAAUUCCAUAUUUGUCUAA